UUGAAUUUCUAGCAAAUGAAUCAAUACUUUAACCUCUCCAAAUCAGACAAUCAGAAGGAAAUCCACCUUGUUGAUGAUCCAGAGUAUGGAUCUUAUGAAAGAGAAGAGAAUAGUAAAAGCGACGAUCUCCUGGUAACUGCCUUUAAGAAGGUUUGGGAAAAGAAAUCCCAAUCUAUCAGAGACACGAUAGAAGAAAAUAUAGACAGCGGGAAGAGUUACAAAUAUUUCGCUAUCUUUCUUGCAAUUGGAUGAGUCUUCUUACUCUUGUCGUUAUUUUUUCUUCCAACAGUAGUACUGUCACCUCAUAAAUUUGCAAUGUUGUUCUCAAUAGGCUCGAUGUGAAUUCUUGCAAGUAUGGCCUUCUACAGAGGUCCAGUGACUUACACAAAGAGGUUGUUUAGGAAAGAUCAAGCAUUAAUAUCAAUAAUGUAUAUCAUUUCAUUAUUUUUAACAUUGUAUGCCUCAAUGAUAGCAGGAAGUUUUCUUCUUACGAUGAUUUCAUGCGGGAUCCAGCUUUUCUCGCUACUGUGGUUUGUGACAGGAUCAUUCCCAGGAGGAACAACAGGAAUUAAAGCUUGUGCAAGUGCAAUCAGAGAAAAAAUUUUAGGAAGAUAACUAGUUUGUCACACUAAA